AUGGAAAAUCGUGAUGGUAUAUUAUUUACUACUGUUUAUCAAAAACCGUCUUAUAAGCCGUAUUAUUUGCCAUUUAAUAGUACUCAUCCAUUACAUAAGAAAAAGAAUAUACCUUUUACGAUGUUACUUCGAGUGAUUAGGUAUUGUUCUACAUUCCAAACAUAUUUGGAUGAACGUGAAAAAUUACGUAUGGCUUUAUUACUUAACAAAUAUCCGAUAAGUUUAUUAAAUGAAUUAAGUUGUCCAUUACCUGCUAAUGUUGAUGGCAGUGUAAUGUAUUUAUUAAUUCUAUACCCCCCAAUUAAACAUUCUCAAUCAGGUGAACAUUUAAGUGAACAAUAUUAUUCAGCAAAAAGUUCACCAUCAUGUACACAUACAAAUAUAUUAAAACGACGAGAUAACGAUAAACGUACUGUUCUCCAUGAAAUACCUCAACUAACUUGUCCAACAGCAUCAUCAAUUGUAAGUUUUGAUGAAAUUGAGUCGUCGUUAUAA